AUGUCCAAGCGUCACCUCUUCAACUCGCCCGACGGCCUCGUCAACAAGGCCCUGAGGGGCAUUGUCUCGUACAACCCCUCCCUCAGCCUCGACGAGGCCAACCGCAUCGUCUACGACACCGCCUACGACAAGUCGGCCGUCAGCCUCAUCAGCGGCGGCGGUUCGGGCCACGAGCCGGCAUGGUCGGGCUAUGUCGGCAGCAACAUGCUGGCCGCCGCCGUCCAGGGCGACAUCUUUGCCAGCCCGAGCACUAAGCAGAUCCUGGCCGGCAUCGAGGCCGUGCCCAGUGACAAGGGCACGAUCCUCGUCGUCACAAACUACACCGGCGACUGUCUGCACUUUGGCCUGGCCAACGAAAAGGCAAACGCCAAGGGACACAAGUCGCGCAUGAUCAUCUGCGGCGAUGACGUCUCCGUCGGUAAAAGAGGAAGCAUGGUUGGCCGCCGAGGCCUGGCCGGCCAGAUUGGCGUCCUCAAGGUCAUGGGCGGUGCUGCCGGCGCCGGAGGAUCGCUCGACGACGUCUACAACCUGGGCCUGGCCCUUUCGCAGCAGAUUGUGUCUAUGGCCGCGACGCUCGACCACUGCCACGUACCCGGCCGGACCGAGCACGGCAUGCUGGCCGACAACGAGGUCGAGAUUGGCACCGGUCCGCACAACGAGCCGGGCUACAAGAAACUGUCUCCCAUCCCGACGCCCUCGGAGCUCGUGCGGCAGAUACUGCAGCAUUGCCUGGACGAAAAUGACCCGGAACGCGGCUACGUCAACUUCAACCCCGGUGACGAGACCAUGGUCCUCAUCAGCAACUUUGGCGGCAUGUCGCUGCUCGAGACGGGCGCCCUCGUCGACGAGGUUCUUGAGCAGCUCGCGCGCAACUGGAAGAUGGAGCCUGCGCGCGUCUGCGCUGGCUUCCUCGAGACAUCGCUCAACGCGCCGGCCUUUUCUCUGUCAGUCAUCAACGUCACCGCCGCCGCCAACAACUGCAGAUACUCGGUCGACGAGAUCAAGGCCUUCUUCGAUGUCAAGACCAACACGAGCUGGGAGUCCGUGGCCGGCUCACAGACCAAGCGUCGCACGCGGCAGCAGCAGCUUGUGCGGCCCCCCAAAGAAGAGCGCAGGGCGGUGGACGACAAGCGUGACCUCAAGGUCGACGCAGGCGUGCUGGACAAGAUGCUGCGCAACGCCUGCAACCAGCUCGUCGAAGCCGAGCCCGACCUCACCAAGUGGGACACGGUCAUGGGGGACGGUGACUGUGGCGAGACGCUCAAGACGGGGGCAACAAGCCUGCUUGCUGCUCUAGACCAGGGCCUCGCCAAGUCGGGCUCGGUCGUCAAGGUGCUCCUGGAGCUGGAGGAGAUUGUGGAGAGCAAGAUGGGAGGAACAUUGGGCGGCAUCUUGGGCAUCUUCUUCGUCUCCCUCCGUGCCGCCGUCGAGAAGGACAUUGAGCUCGCCUCCUCCAAGGGCCCCGUGGCACUGUGGGCCGCGGCGCUUUCGACCGCUCUCGAGAGCCUGCGACGCUACACGCCCGCCAAGGUCGGAGACCGAACCGUCAUGGACACGCUGAUCCCCCUUGCCGAGGCCAUGAGCAAGGCCGGCUUCGACGACGGCGUCCGCGCGGCCGUACAGGGAGCCGAGGCGACCAAGAAGAUGAAGCCCAAGCUGGGCAGGGCGACCUACGUCGGGGCCGGGUCGAGUGGUGACCAGGAGCUUCCCCCUGACCCCGGCGCUUGGGGAGCCAUGGUGGUUAUUCGUGCGCUGCACAGUGGCCUUUGA